AUGUCCGGCAGCCCCCAGAAGGGGCCAGGUGUUGCGGUGACCGGAAAUGCCAGGCCGGCUGCGGCGGGAUACCUGCCCCCCCACGGGCCUCCAGGGGCCUGGAAAAUGACUUCACUGCUGAAGGCAGCGGGCUCCGGCGGGGGAGUCCAGGGCGCCGAGUGCCCAGGCCAGGGCCAGCCUGUGCCACAGCUGCGGGCAGAGCGGGCGCUGUCCCCGGUGCUGAAGCCGGCUGCCCGGGAAGCCUGUCCCGCGGCGCUCAACAGGAACCCACCGUUCCUGCCCCACUGGCUCGCCAGCGCCUGCCCGGUGUCCACUAGGAGGGACAGCGGCGGCGCAGCUCCUGCCGUCGUGGGGUUCACGCGACGCCCUUGUCUGCAGCAGACAGACUGGACCGAGCCCUGGCUCUUGGGACUGGCCGCCUUCCACCUGCUCUGCCUGCUGCUCACCUGCGUCUCCUCCCGGAGCUACAGGCUGCAGGUCGGGCUCUUCCUGUGUCUCGUGACCCUGGUCUGCUGUGCCGAGCACAUCAACGAGGUGGCCGCCAUGAACUGGAGGCGCUUCUCCCGGCACCAGUACUUCGACUGCAGGGGCAUGUUCAUCUGCACCGUGUUCGCGGCGCCGCUGCUGCUCAACGCCCUGGCCAUCGUGGUCAUGUGGCUGCACCGGGUGCUGGCGGCCAUGGCCGACCUGAAGCGCUUGCAGGCGAACAGGAAGCUGGGGCGCAGCAAGAGGAAAGGACAGUGACCGGCGUGGCGGGCCCCACCGGCGGGCCCAGCGUCUCGGGCCCUGCUGGCCCCGGACGCCCCCACAGUGCUCCGCUGGGAGGGGCGGCUCCCUCAGGCCGGCGGCAAUAAAGGCCCGUGCUCAGCCUC